ACAAGAAAGGGAAGAGAAGAAAUCCAGAGUCCAAGCCAUGUGGGCUGUGCACCCCGCCACACCCAGACUCUGCCUCCUCCCUCUUACUCCAUACACUCCUUCCGCCCUCACCAUCUCAGCCAACUCUCAACCAGCGCGCCACCGCUCCAAAUCACCAGGACACGACGCCGUCCCAACAAAAGACAUCAAAGGACUAGGCCACACCAUCCUCACGGCGCUCAAUUCCAGUCAUCCCAGCACAAAUCCCGAUCCAUUCCCAGAACAGCCAAAACAAGGAAAACACAAACGAGCAAAGCAAAAACAAGAAGAGGAGGGAAGGCAGAUAAGUGGGUCAGAUGUGCUUUGGGCUCUACGGAGAGCAGCCGCUCAGAAAAAGGCGACGAGUGGAAGUAAGAAAAUGAAGCAGCAGAAGGGGGUGUCAUCUUCUGUGGGCGGUCGCGGGGAAGAGGAGGGUGUGGAUUAUAGUAAAGCGAGGCCGUUGUGCGUUAGGAGUGAGUGGGGUGCGAGGUUGGAUGAGUUGGAGAAGCGUCUUCAGGAGCUUUCUGAGACCCAUUGAGGAUUCCAGGGGUUUGUCUUUCUUUGUAUUUUGCGAUUUAUUUAUCAAAUUCAUGUAAUGGGAUUUGUUGUUUGGUUUUAUAUUUUCGUAUAUUGGAUUUUAUAUUGUAUAGAUUGGCUGGAUAGAAACAGGGGUUGUGUUUGUAUAGUUGCUUUAUAGAGGUUUGGGGUGUUGUUGGGAUUUGUUUGCAGGUUGUCUUGUCUGCAUAUUGUAUUUCCUUUGUAGGGUUGUUUCCUGCGGGUGCAGGUGAGUUCCGGCUGUUCUAAGUUGGAGUGUUUGAUUGUAACUGAUUUUGCAGUUGUGUUUAGUAAAAUCUUCAUUCAUCGAAAAAAGAUAAGAGACCCUUUUGUUAUA